AUGCCCCCUAAUUUACAAACCCCAUCUCUUUCUGCUGCUGAGAAGCGGCGCCGCACCCUAGGCAUGAAGAAGCUAGAAGAACAAGCCCAACUUCGCAAAAUUGAGGCAGCUGGAAAGACGCAACGCACCGCCAUGGCCAAGGCAAUGGAUAAUGCAGCUUGGAUCGGAGCCGCACCUGUUGGAUCACGGAAACGUGGCACUUCGUUAAGUGCAGCUGAUUCCCGAGUAUCAGUGAAGAAGUCAAAAACUCCUUCCACUGUAUCUAUGAAAUCCAUUUCGGUGAAAGGCCAACGUGCAUCUGCUAAGGGUGGUGCAGUUUCCAGACCCACCGUAGCGAAGGGUUCCAACCCGAAAACCCCUGCUCGUCGUCCGGCCGCAGUCAUUCCUUCUGACGAAGACGAGAGUGACGACGACCCUGAGGACGAAGACCCAGCCUCCGAUCAUUCCACGCCAGAACAGGACGACCAUGAAGAUGAGGAGGACCAAGAACUUUACACCCUCAGCCGUCAAGAGCUCAAGAAGCAGUUGAAGCUUGAGUGCCCCCAAUGGGAUGAAGAGCUCAACGGUGACGCCGACGACGACGCUGAAAUGGAUGAAAGCUAUGCCACUCACGGAGAAGAGAUCUUCGGGGAUGGUCACCGUGAAGACGAGCAAGGUGGUGGCGAAGAUGAGUCCGGUGAAGAGGACGAGGACAAGCCAGCACCUCGUCGCCGUCAAGUACUAUCAAACGACGAGGAUGACGAGUCCAAUGGCGAGGAUGACGAGUCCAAUGGCGAGGAUGACGAGUCCAAUGGCGAGGAUGACGAGUCCAAUGGCGAGGAUGAUGAGUCCAAUGGCGAGGAUGAGGAUGAACUUGCAUGCCGUCGCCGCAAGGUCGGAAAGCGCGGUCAGGAACGUUUGGCUGAGCGCCCUACAUGGAAGACUAUGGCUCCACCGGAUGACGAGCCUUCGGAUGAUGGUGACUCUGGGGGAGGUGCGAUUGAAGAAGGUGAAGAUCCAAAUGCGGGUUUCGCAGAUGCCGACUACGUCCCUCCUGGACCGAACACGCGAAUGAUUCUCAUCUCGGAACAGCCUCAGCUCCUUAAACGGAUUAUCAAAGCGGCGAUCCGUAAAGCGAUAGGUGAUGCAAUAUUCGAUACUGCAUACCACACGGUUGAUGAGCAGGUAAAAUAUAACCGCAAGACUCUUCGAUCAUGCGCGCGGAAGCUUGGCGCAAAUGCAUAUGCCCAUCGCUUUAGGGUUGACCACCACUUCGGCGUUGCCAUUGGUCGUGUGCUGAAGGGGCGGGUAUCCAAGUACCGUGGUGAUGUCAAGAAAGUUGCCAUUGCCAAGGUAGAAGGGUUCUACAAGUUACUUGAGGGGCCUGACUGCAGGGAUGUCGUCGAGCUUCUUCGUUCUAAGAAGAGGUAUAUUUACCUGGUCAAUAUAGAGGGCGACCUUCAAACUAACAAGCCCUUCCUCCACCUUGCCAUGAUCUCGACUCUCCGUGAAGCUUUCUUUGCUGGGUCCAGGGGCUCAUUUGCUGAACGCUAUCAAGACCGCUUUGUUUCGUCGAUUACUGAUGGUCCGCGCAAACAUGAACGAGAAUUACCUGCGGCCAUGGUUGCUAUGGCUGCCACUGCCAUUGCAUCUUCGUUGGAUGAUUAUAGCACGGGUAUCCGCCGCAAGACUGAGUUCAAUGCCGAACUUUAUGAAGACGUUUAUCGUUCACACAUGGCCAUGCUCGCCGCAAUCCGUGAGAAAAGUCCAAAUGGUUAUCAUCGUCUCAUGGCUGACCUCUAUAAUUGCACCUCUUCCAUCUCCACCCAUCUCACGACCACCACAACCUCCAAUGAUGACAUGGCUUUACUCAACAUGGCAGACAUGGAUGUUUAA